UCUCUCUAUUACUCUGCACUAUAACGGUGAUGCUGUGUUGGGUAAACUAGAAACUAAAAUGGAGAAGUCCAUGUUGGAAAAUGUUCGGUUAGAAGACAUACUUCAUUAUCUUGAGAGAGAAGGAAUUGAUUCCCUUGCUACCACAGAAGAACAGCUUUGUUAUGUCUGGUGUUUAUUCCAACAUAGCGAGGAUAGACUGAGAACUGCUUCUAGAGACCUGGAAGAACUCAGGGUAAAACACAUAGAAGAAAUGAAAGAAGUGGAAAAUUAUGUGAAUCAUGUCCGUCAUUUAACAGAAGAAAGAGAAGCCUUAAAUCAUGAUUUUGAAAAAGAAAGUGAACAACUUCAACUUGAAUUUAAAGAACUGCAGCUCCAACAGGAGGUCCAGCUAAAAGAGAUUGAAGAAAUGUUGGAUCAGGAGGGCUUAUCAGAAAUUGCUCAGAGCAGUCCUAGUGAACAGAUUGCUUAUUUAUUGGUAGAGAGAACAACCCUUUUGGAGAAGCUGGAACUGGCUGAUCCCAAGUUAAAUUCAUAUAACUCUGUGGGUAAUGGCCUUCAGGAAAUUCAUCUUAAGACAUUAGAAGAUGAUCUUCAAAAACAACAGGAAUAUUUGCAGUGGCCAAAAGAAACCCCAAACAAGUUAAAUAAGUUAUAUUUCUUUUUUCUUUUAGAGCUUGCCUUGGAAUCAGCCCAAUUAGAAAUUGAGGAGCUAAAAGAAAAUUUGAAUAAAAUUAAAGAAAAUGAGUCAACUGACCUUCAAGAAACAAAGCAACACACUCAUAGACUGGACAGAGAAAUUCUGGCAUUAAAAAAUCAUGUCCAUUCACUUGACUUGGAAAGAAAAAUGUGUGGGGAACCGGAUAAAAAGAAAGAAAUUAUGCCUGAAGAUAAUUAUGAAACAGAAAGAAAUAAAAAAAGUGAUGAGACAUUCCAUAAAAGAUCUAAAAAGAUGAUUGAAGACCAAAAGUGCAAGCAUACAGACCUUCUCCACAAAUUCCAGAAGUUUGAGCAUGAACAUGAAUAUUUAGUGGAACGGAAUGAAGAAUUAGAACUUUUUCUGGGAGAGAUUCGAAAUCAAACCAAGGAAGAGAGAAAACAUUUCGAAUAUCAUAUUGAAAAACUACAAAGGAAAAUCUCCAGCUUAGAAACUGAGUUAUCCAAGAUACAAGAAAGCAAAAAAGAAACCGUUAUGAAAAGUCAAGAAACUGUUACAAAAGCAGAAGACUUACAAGAGGUACUGAUAAUGAACCAAGAAGAAAUCGAAAUACUCAAAAGUAAAUUAUCAGAAGAAAAAGCAUGGAGAAAACAAUUGGCAUCUGAUCUUAAAAAGGCACAGAAGGUUUUGCAGGCUGAAAGUCAGAAUUCAACAGAGAAAAGACUAAGAUACCAACAGCAAGAAGAAGAGCUGAAGAAACUUCAACAGAAUUUACAAAGAGUUCAGACUCUGUGCAGCUCAGCUGAAAGAGAACUUCAGUUUGAACGGUCAAAAAGCUUUGAUUUAAAGCAGCAGAAUAACUUACUUCAGGAAGAGAAUGUUAAGGUCAGAGCUGAAUUGAAGCAAGCCCAGAAGAAACUUCUAGACAGCACAAAUUUGUGUUCUUCUGUCACAGCAAACUGGGAAAAUAGUCAACAGAAAAUAAAAGAGCUUGAACAAGAAGUUCUUAAACAAUCCAAGAAUAUUCAAUCACAAAACACUUUAUAUGAAAAGCUUGCUCAUGAGAAAACAAGAGUAGCUUAUUCAGAGAAAAAGGUCUUGGAACUCCAGGCAAAAUUAGAAUCUGCAAAUAAGUCUUGUACAGAAGCUUGCAUUUUAAAUAAAAAGCAGCUUGAAGAAGAGUUAAGAGAAGCAAAAAAAAGUGAGGCCAAAAUAAAAAUGCAGUAUCAGGAGGAACAACAGAAGAGCAAACUACUAAAUCAAAAUGUAGAGGAACUCCAACAACACAUCGAAUACUUACAUGCAAAAGAGGCUCUUCUGGAACAAUCUAGUUGUAAGCAGCAAUUUAAGAUUCAACAACAAGAGGCUCAACUUCAUAUAUUAGAAGGUGAAAAGAAAAUAUCUGAAGAGCAAAUUAAGAACAAUCAGGAACUGUCAGAGAGGCUGUCUGCAUUACAACAAGAGAAGGACUCUUUAAGAGAUGAAUACAGGCAAUUUUUAAACCAGCUGGAUCUCCAAAUGAGGAAUUAUAAUGAGAAACACCACCAUCAUAAAGCUAAGCUUCGUAAAGCCAAGGAACGUUUAACAAAUGAAGUGGAACAACGAGAUGGGAGGAUUAAACAACUUGAAAAUGAAAUUGAGGGAAUGCAGAAACUAAUGGAAAAGGAGAAGGCAUUCCAGGAUCAAGUUACCACGCAGAAUGAAAAUCUGCUCCUUGAAAAAAGGCAACUUUUAGAGAAACUAACAGACCAAGAUGAAACUAUACAAGGCAACAAAUGGAUGAUCUCUUCAGUUCAGAAUAGAGUGAUUUUCCUGGAUGAAGAAAACAAGCUACUGCAGGAAAAUAGUCUUCGGCUUACCCAGCAGGUUGGCUUUCUAGAGCGAAUCCUUAGAAGUAUCCAGAUUCGGAGAGGAGAGGAGACGACAAUAAGUGAGGUGUCUGAAAAUGAGCUACUGAAUAAGAAGCUGGCUUUUCUAAACCCAAGUUUUUCAGCUAUAGAUGUGGCAAAAUCAGAUGAAAAUCUUAAAGUAGCUGAAGAACAGAAAUCACAAGAACUCAUUGGAAGCCCCAAGUCUUCUCAUUCUUUUUCACAUUUACAACCUCCUGAAGUAGACAGCUUAAAUAUGGCUCUGUUAGGAAGCGAACCGAACAACAAUGUCCAAGAUCAGAGUCAGAAGAAUGGACCUGAUGACAUCUAACAGGGGCACAGGGAAAACUCUAGAAGGAAACCUGGAAAAAGAGAAGGA